AUGCCCCCACCAGUACCCAGCCUCUACCAAACCACCCCUCUGAUAGCACUUUUCACGGAGACCAAGAGCCCGGAAUCAUUCAUGUGUGGUGUACAGACUCACCGACCGAUAAGACUUAUUGCUAAAAACGGGCAGUUCAGGGAUUGGUGGGUUCAUGACAUUCUCUCUCUGUCCCUAGGUCUCUUUCUAUCGCUUUCCCUUUCUCUCUCUCUCUCCCCCUUUUCUCACUCUCUCUUUUCUUUCUCUCUCUCUCUAUCUGACUCUUUUCUUUUCCUCUCUCACGCUCUUCGUUUUCUCUCUAUCUUUACUCUCCAGUCUCUCUCUCUCUCUCUCCUCCCUCUUUUCUCUCUCUUCUCUCUCUGUCUCAGUUUCUCACUUUUCUCUCUCUCUCUUCUCCCUUUUCUCUCUCUCACACUCACUCUUUCUCUCACUCUCUCCCUUUCUCUUUCUGUCUUAUUUUCUUCCUUUUCUCUGUUUCCCCACUCCUCUCUCUUUACUCUCUCUGUCUCACUCUCUCAUUUUUUUCUCUCCCUCCCUUUUGUCUCCUCUCUCCCUUCUCUCUCUCUUUUCUCUCUCUGUUUCGCUAUCUUCCUUUUCUCUCUCUCAUUUUCACUCUCUCUCUCUCUCUCUCCCAUUUCUCUCUCUUUUUUCUCUUUGUCCCUUUUCUAUCUCUUUUUUUUCUCUGUCUCACUCUCUACCUUUUCUCUCUCUCCCUUUUACUCUCUCUCUCUCUCUUCUCUCCCAUUCUCCCUUUUCUCACCCCCCCUCUCUCUCUCUCUUCACAGUUCACGGCUAUCUCCAAAGCAGGGUGAGCGCCUUUUGCUGGAGAUAAGGUGUUACAACACGGGAUAA